AUGUACAUACUUUUUUUUAUAUUUCUUUUUUAUUUUUUUUUUUUUUCCCUCGUUGAAAAUUUUGGCUAUGUAUGUGAUUUCACAUCAAAAAAAUAUAAUUUAGAUUUUAUCGAUAAUGAAAAGGAUGAUGUCAUUUGUUCUCAUGAAAUUGGUCCUAAUGAUACUAUUGGAGUAAUAAUACCACAAUACAAGAAAGGAUAUGAAAACUUUCAUGUAAUAACAAAAUGCUUUAAUGAAGUAUCAUUAAAGGAAUCAGGAGAUGAUACAAAGUCUAUAUAUGAUGUUUUUAAGAAAGAUGAAAUUGAGUUAUCAGAAAAACAAAUAACUUUUAGUACUGAGCAUAAUACAUCAAUUUUAAGUAUUAAAAAAGUAGAAAAAUCUACAAUAAUUUACUGUGUUUUUGAAAAUAGUAACAAUAAUAAAUUGAUAACCCGUAGAGGAAUAGCAAAAUUUUCAAUUAGUAAACAUUCUAAUCUUGAAAAUGAGAUAGAUAAUAUUCUAGUUGUUGAUUUAUUUAAUAAAUUAGUACCGAAUGUAAACAUUGGAAACAAUUUGUAUCAUAUUAAAGCAUCACCAGGAAAUGUUCUAUACAUAUUAGGAACGCAACUAUCAAAUAAAAAAUAUAUUUAUUUUCAUAAGGAUAAUUGUCCAAUAAAUUUUGAAAGUAUAGGAGAUACAUAUAAAUUUAUAUUCCCCAUAAUAAAUGAAAGAGAAAUAAAAUAUAUUUGUUCCAUGUAUUAUGAAGAGAAUGAUGAAAAAAUUUUUAUUGGUGUUUUAAUUAUAACAUUUGAACAAAAAAAACCAAGUCUCGAAGAAAUUCAAAAAGAUAUUAUAAAAAAACAUAUGGAUGAUGACGUAGAAAAACAUGUAAAUAAACUCUUAAAUGAUGUUGAAUAUGAUACCAUUGAUAAUGCUCAAUUUAUAGAACAGAGUAUAAAUAUGAACGAUGAAAAAUAUUCUAUUCUUCAAUCGGAUUAUCCUGAUAGAAAUGCAUGUAACAAUGAUAAAUGCAAAGAUUUUUUUGAUAAUUCUACUUGUUCAUCUAAAUGUGGCCAUGGUUAUAGACUGUUGAAUGGAUAUGAAUUAAACAGUACUUCACAUAUCGCUGUACCAUGUAACAAUGGGGAAUGUACAAUUGAAGAUGAAAUUGAACCUUUAGUUAUUUUUGUUUAUGCUUCAAUGGUUUUCUUCUGUAUAAUAAUUACAAUUUUUACUAUUAUGAUAUAUUUCUUAAUAACUAAUCGUAAAAAAAUAUAUUCUGACCCAUUUGUUCCUUAUGAUAGCAACUUAAAUAAUUUAUAA